GCAAGUGACCCAUUCAUUGAUUUUUGUUUAUUUUAACUAAAACUACGAAUUGUGUAUAGUUGUUCGAUGUUGUGUGUUGUGUUUUAUUUUGUGUGUUGUUCAAAAUCGAAAUAAAAAAUCUAAAAAAAAAUAUCCAUAAUACAAUAAUUGUUUAGCAGAAAAAUCUAGUGUUUGUAUAAAUCAUUUUCAUCCACUAAAAUCCAAUUGAAUGCAUUUUCGAAAUGCAUAGAAUGCAAAUUUUCAAUGGAAAGCCGUUGACAAUAUUCCGCGAUGUCAGAUGUGUGAAGCAGUAGAGAAAAUUUUCCGAUUUGGAUUUUCCUCACACUCAUCGUUGUUCUCACAGAACGGGAGAAAGCGAGCGAGAAAGAGCGAAAAUUCGCAUAUAUUUAGUUGGUGUGUGCAAUUGUUAGUUUUGUUGUUGUUACUCUCGGUGUCUCCGCGAUGUUCGUUCGUUCGCUGUUUUUUUCUUCUCUUUUUUCGUUCUACAGUCCCUUUUGAUUCCGUGUGCAUUUUUCACUCUCACAAAUUCCGUGGUACGCUUUUUUUUAUUCGCUUUCUCGUCCGUUCUCUGGCACCUCUUCAGCGUAAUAUAUAACAUAUAUUUAUAUGGUUCGUAUGUGCGUGUUCAUUACAUUUUAUAAUUGAUGCAGUUCUGUUGCCGUUUCGCGAAUAUUGGCUGUGUAUGUGCAUUUUGUGGGAAUGUUCAUGGAUUGAUCCGCGCGCGCGAAAAUUCGCGGUACAGUGAGAAGAAAACAAAUAUUGUGAGCCAAACUUCGAUCGACCGGAAUAAAGGGAGCGAAAAGGGGAGUGCAAGUGAACGAAAGAGAUCAAGCUGCUGAAUUGAAAGAGAGAAAGAGUGGGAAAAGAAGCGAAAGAAGCAAUAGAAGUAAGAGGAGCAGGAGAAGCAAGAGAAGGCAAUAGUUGCCAAGAAAAUCUCUUUUGAAUCGGUACGACACUGAAUAACAAUGCAUUUUCGUUCAACUGAAUGCAAAUAAAUCGGAUUUUUCGAUUGGUACAAAACAAAAAAUUAACGGAACUCAAAAAAAAAAACUCUAAAAUAUAUUAAUUUGUGAUAAAACGAAAUAAGUAUAAACAAAUAAUAAGAAGAAGAACGCGAAUCCAAUUCGGAACUGAAGUUUGUUUGAGGGAAAAAGAAAUCAAUCGAAACGGAGUAUCAUUUUUGGGAGAUUUAGCUGGAGUAAACAAUAGGACGGAACCGAGCAACAGAAAGAAAAACACCGAAAAAGAGCGACAAUAACCAGCAAAGCUGCAACAAAUUGGACGCCAUGCAUUCAAUCAAUCAAAACAUCCAGUAUAAAUAGAGUUGCAUUUGAUGCGACGUCGAAGAAAUGACGUCUCAAGCAGUUUAUUGUGUCAGUUUACAAUUAAGGCCCUCGGAAGAGAAUAAUAUCGAGUCGAUAAUCGAUACGAAUAAAUCGAUUGGUGAUAGUUCGGGCGAUGCAUGUGAUAUCAGUAGUCAAGUGUCAAUAGCUCAACCGACUCAUUUAUCUAUUGCAACAGUUUCGACGGCAAAUAUCGAAGCACAACAGCAUCAUCAACAGCAGCAACAGCAUCAUCCGAGUAAUAUAAUACUGAUUCGUGGUGCUCGUACGGAGAAUGGUCAAAUAAUACUGCAGAAUGGCCACGAAUUGUUGAGUUUAUUGAACAGUGGAGCGGUUAGCAUUAGCAGUUCGGCUGCUGCCGCUGUCGCCGCCGAUGAUGAUAAUAAUAUAACCGCAUGCAAUACAUCGACAUCACCAUCGAUUCUUUUGCAUAGAAAAACCACAUUCGCCAAUUCGGUGGUGACUACAGCAGCACCGAUCGUGGCAACUUCGGCAACAUCGAAACACACAUCGAACAACGAUGCGAGUAAAUUUGUGCUGCAAUCAGCUUUGAAAAAUGCCAAUCUAGCCAGCAAUCAAAUCAUUGAUGCGAGCACAUUAAGCGGAAAUGGAAUCAAAGGCAAUGCAACACUGUUGCACACCACCACGCAAGCAUUAAAGACAACCAGCACCACAACGACGACACAGCUCACAUCAACGGUCAAUAACAGUGCCACCGCCGCUGGCAUUCCGGAAGGUUCAAUCAUUUUACAGCAGCGACUCAAUAAAAAUGGCACAAACGAUGGCCCGAUUUUACUUCAAACACUCAAACGCAUCGAUAAAUCACCGUCAAUUCUACUGUUUCGAAAUAAUCCGAACAGUGGCACUGGCACCACCACCUGUACACUCACCACGGCCAGUCCAAAUGUCGUCAAAACUACGUCCGUUGGCAAUCAAAUUGUGAUUAGCGGUGGCGCUGGCAACAAAGACGAUGAAAAAAUCGAUGCCAAGCUCAAACACAAAUCCGUCUCAUCGAAUGUUCCAUUGGGCGCCGAUGGCGAACCGAUAAAGCUUCCGGAUAACUUGGAAAGUUUACCACGUGCUGAUCAUUUUCCGACUCAACGACAUCGCUGGAAUACCAAUGAGGAAAUUGCUGCGUUGUUAAUCAGUUUCGACAAGCAUUCCGAAUGGCAAUCAAAAGAAGUGCGAACAAGGCCAAAAAGUGGUUCGAUGCUAUUGUAUUCGCGGAAAAAAGUGCGGUAUCGACGUGACGGCUACUGCUGGAAGAAGCGAAAGGAUGGCAAAACUACACGAGAGGAUCACAUGAAAUUGAAAGUUCAAGGAACAGAAUGCAUCUACGGCUGCUACGUACACUCGGCCAUUCUGCCAACCUUUCAUCGCAGGUGCUACUGGUUGUUACAGAAUCCCGACAUUGUUCUGGUUCAUUAUUUGAACGUGCCCUAUCCAGAUGAUAACAAAAUGGCUGUUAUAACCCCAAGUUUGGCAUUAUGGGGAGACAAAAAGGAGUGGACUAAAGAGGAAUUGGUUUGCCAGCUGAAGCCAAUGUUUUUUAGCGAGGAUGAACCGGAUGCAACUAACGAAAUUGAAAUCACUACGGCCGAAACGGUUGAAGCGAUAGUUGCUCAAUUGAUGGAAAAGCAACGAGCAGCACGACAAGCGGCACUGGUCAAGCAAUUGGAAUGUGGUUGUCCAGAUUCAACAUGUGCCGAUGGCAAAUCUUGUUCGCAUCCAAUGCGACGGUUGAGCUCCAACAAAACAACCGUAAACGAUAAACAACGUCAUGUUGAAAAUAAUAAUAAUCAUGUAUCGAGCACCACACCAAAUGUGCUCAUCGGAACAAGACUCUAUUCACGAUGGGUUGAUCGUCGAGGUCGUGAUCAAUUAACUGAAAUCAGUAAUCCAAAUAAUACAACAACGAUGCAUCAGCUCCCCAAUAACAAUGGCAAUUGUAAUUCAGCAAUCAAAGAUAUUGAAUCGAAUAAUUCGAUACAUUUUCAAGUCAUUCCAACGACCGAUACCACGUCUUCGGUGAAUUCGUCAGCUGGUUCGGCAAGCAAUUUAAACAAUAAUACUCGUCUGUUGAACAGCAAUAAUGGCACUUUAACACUGACAUCGUCAGCGGUUGCGUCGACGGUGGCCGCAUCGUUAGCCAAGACAUCGACAUCGACAACUGCAUCGACUGCAUUGGGCAAAAGUGCAGCCACUUUGAAUUUUAAUCAAACGGCCGAUAAUCAAAUUGUCGCGACCACAAAUAGUAGCAAUAACAACAACAGCAACAGCAACGCCACCAAUGCCAAUCACAAUCAAAGCAAUCAAAUGGAUAAUGGACAAACGAACAAUAUACACCAUCAAAGUAUCGUGAAUCAUGGAAGAACGGCAACAACCGCAGCUAAUCACAUGGUUAAUGCGCCAAUCGUUACAUCGACACCUCCUCUAGUAUUGAGUUUGUCACAGAUUCAAAGUUCAUCGGGCAGUUUAUUCAUACUGAAUGGCCAGCAGCAGUCGUUUAUGUGUCAAUCCUCGAGUCAGUAUACCCAUCAGCAUGGAACGCAUCAUUUGGCGGGCAAAGCGAGUAAAAAUGAAUAUCAUCGUGAGAAUAUGGUGUCACUUGGGCCAAAGCUGGAGACAAUGGAUGCAUCGGUGUCACAAUUUACAUCAAAAAUCCAUGGAAACAAUACGUAUUUGAAUGUCAGUUAUGCGGCUCAAUCAAAUGCCACCACGAUUAUGAAAGAUAAUUCGGUGGUGGAUCUACCGCACACCGAUUCGAUGGCAUUCUUCAACGAAACACUUGAACUAUCGCAAGAGGAUAUUCAGAAAACAUUAAGUGCCAAUAUGCCGAUGAAUCCAAAUGGAACGAAUGCCCGAAACACAACGACCCUAAAUGAUACAACGAUCCGAGAGCCCACAUUGCAUGCCGCUGAUUUCAUUGACGAUUGCUGUGAUGAAGGUAAUAUUGAUGUGGUUCCAUCGUCGGUGCACGAUGACGACGUGUUUGUCAAUUUGGAUGCGUUCGAUAUGUUUGUCGAAUUCCCGGAAUUGGAUUUGGAUGCAAAGGCCUCGUUGAGCUGUCCCACCGACAGCAACAUCAUCGAUAUGGUUAGUGAUGAUGUAACCGAUCCCAUUCAAUUGAGACAAACACAUGAAUCGGAAUCCAGUUCGCGGCUUCUAUCGAAUGAUGUCGAUAAUCCGAAUGGAAUCAACGAUGAUGCACAGCAAACAUCACAAUUUACCGCCACCGCCGUUCAAUUGAGUGAUUCGGAAUCACGUGCUGAUCUCUUUAAUAUCUCGGAUUUCAGCCCCGAAUGGGCAUAUCCAGAAGGUGGCAUCAAAGUACUGGUCACUGGGCCAUGGAAUCAAAACUCAAACUAUACCGUUCUGUUUGAUUCAUUUCCGGUGCCAACGACCAUUGUUCAAAGUGGCGUACUUCGGUGCUAUUGCCCGGCUCAUGAGGUUGGUUUAGUCACAUUGCAAGUGGCAUCCAAUGGUUAUGUCAUAUCGAACUCAUGCAUUUUUGAAUACAAAUCACCGAUGAACGCCGAAAAUGGAGCCGCCUGCGAUGGCACAACCAAUGUGUCCAACAAUGGUGACAGCCUAUACAAAUACACACUGUUCAAUCGAUUGGAAUCGAUCGAAGAACGUAUGCAAAUCAAAAUGGAGCCAUCCGACUCGACGGACGAGAGCAGUACAUCGAAUCGCAUUGAUUUCGAAGAUCAUUUGGUCAAUUACUGUCAAUCGCUGGCAACGAAACAGUGGCGCUCUUCGACUGAGGCGAUAUUUUGGACGAAAAGUGAUAGCGUGAAAGGAAUGUCACUGUUGCAUUUGGCAGCCAGCUUAGGCUAUUCACGCCUAGUCAGCACAUUGCUUCUGUGGCGAUCAGAGAAUACAAACGCGGUUUUAGACACUGAAAUCGAUGCGCUUAGCCAAGACAAUGAAGGAUUCACCCCUUUGAUGCGAUCGUGCGCCAAAGGUCAUUAUGAUACGGCGAUUUUACUUUGCAAAUGGAACUCAAACGCUUUGGAAGUGAAAAACUAUCGAAAACAAAGUCCAGUCACAGUUGCCAUUGAAAAUGGUUUCAUUGAUCUGGGCGAAGAGUUGCUUCAAUUUGAAACGAAUCGAAAGGAGUCGUCAAUUUCGUCGGCAAUUGAAUUUAAUCGUUCGUUUAUGCAGUCGAUGUUCAAGAGUGAAAAAUGUGAACUGGAUGACAAUAAGAAAGGAUUGACGGAAAUAAUAAAUGACAUUGAAAAAGGAGAGUAUCUCAAAAGUUUAACACCGACAUCGUUCAGUCAGUCAAACGAGUACUUGGAAUCGGUUCUGUCGCCAAAAUCGGUAGAAUCCCAAACCAGUUGCCGCAGCCAUGACGGCGUCUUUCUUCGGCCUGGUGAACAGCAGAAGAAAAGUUUAAGUUCACCAAUUUCCUCGCUGUCAGGAAAUUUGCCAACAAUGACCAGUUUGUUGUCGCAUCGCCUAAUCAAGCGCACUUCCGUCGACAGUGGAAUCAAUUUAGACUUUCCGAUUCCAUCGUUUAGAUCGUCAUUAUGGAGCCGAUCGCGAAAUUUGUCCAGUCAAACAUCGUUAGCCGCAACGGUCAGCGGUUUUGAUGCAAACGACUCAUUUUUACUAUGGGAUUCGGAUGCAAAAGUGUUAACACUUGCCGAGCAAAUAAUCGCUGCGAUGCCGGAGCGCAUAAAGAACGAGUCCGAUGACAUAAUGUCGUUGGGCAGCCCAUUGUCGGACACAUUCAAUUCGGAUACGUCGGGUUUGGGUGGUUUGAGUGAUGCAUUCAUGGAACCUUUGCUGGACUCAUUGCCAAGCAGCAAUUUUGAUCAGGAUCUCAAUUUUGAAUUGAACGACUAUCGUUAUCAUGAUGUUGGUACACCAUGCUCUAGCCUGAGCCCAGCUAGCUCAGGUCCACUGCAAAGUCCGGCCAGCUAUUCCAUAACAACCGAACCGUCGAUUAGCACGGGUGCAAUGAGCUCACCGUCACCACCGCCCACUACCGAGGAUUUUACGGAAUUUUUGCAUGCAUCCAGCACCAUACUCAAGCCAUUCGAAGCCGAUUUCUCCAAUUUAACACUGACUGAUCGCGAACAACGUGAACUGUACGAAGCAGCUAAAUGCAUUCAAAAAGCCUAUCGAUCCUAUAAGGGACGCAAGAAACUCGAAGAGCAAGACAAAGAGCGACGCGCUGCCAUUGUCAUACAAAAUUAUUAUCGACGAUACAAACAGUACGCGUACUAUCGUCAAAUGACAAACGCUGCGCUCAUCAUUCAGAACGGUUAUCGUUCGUAUUGUGAACACAAACGCUUCAAGAAAUCAACACAGCCGAAGGGCGGAACUGGCAACACGGCUACCUUAUCGUCCACACGGAAUAACACACAAUGCUUGCAGAAUUAUUACAACAAAAGAUGGAAACAACAGCAGCAGCAUCAGUCCAACAGUGGCGCUUUAAAUAACACCAACAUUUCCAAAGAGCCAAACACAUCUGGCCCACUCAAACGUACCUAUUCGCAACGAACUCAAAAUCAAGCAGCAAGAAAAAUUCAGCAAUUCAUGAGACAAUCCAAAAUGAAUAUUUGGGAAGAUAUGCGAACUUUGACUACAGAAAGAACGAGCCGAAAAAGAGAAGCUGGUGCUCCAACAACGGGUGGAAUACCAUCAAAACUUGCCGUUUCAUCCGCAUCCCAUGUAACGGGUACUUGUACAACGAAUGCAAUGCGACGAACUGAUUAAUUAAAAAAUGUUGACAAAUGGAACCGAUGAAGUGAAGGAUUCCGAAAUGAUAAAUACAAAAUCGACUGGCACCGAAAAGAAGUGAUUUUUAUUAUAAAAUGAGUGCAAUUUUAAAGCUAAGCUUAUAUGAAGUGUGGACAAAGCAAAAAAAAAAGUCAUGGAAAAAGUGUGAAAAUUGAUGAUAAUAUAGCUCAUCAAUCUGGAGUUCAUGUGUUCAGAAUGAAAGCAAAAUCGAAAAAGGGAAAAAGUGUUACCGAAAAAUGGCUUCCAAAACUCCAAGCGUUUGCAAUAGCAGCCAACUCUAUCGAAUCAUUAGCAAAAUGGCAUAUGUGGUUGGCGUCAAAAGCGCAGACAAAAUUGUAUAAAUGAAUCGAAGACAUGGAAAUCGAAUUGUUAUAUAAAACUUCGAAAAAAGAAUGACAAAGCAGAGAAGAGGAAAGAAAAAAAAACUCUGAAUUCAAUUUUACAGCAUUUUAAACUUUAAAGCAAGAAGAAGUUAUUUUUAAAAAAAAUUACAUAAAUUCCUAUAAAAACGUCAGCCUAACGCAAAUCAAAGAAAGAAGAUGCAAAAAACACACGAGAAAAUGUGACAAAAAAAAAAACAAUAAAAUUAUCUAGAACAAGAAAAAAAUAUGUACACAAAUUGUAUAAAAAUCCACACACACACAAAAAAACAAGAAUUUUUUUUAAAUAGAAAUGUAGAGAGAAACAAGAAAAAAAAAACAAAAAAUUUUAUUUCCAAACUUUUGAAUGUUGUUAUGUUUUUCCAUUAUAAUAAUAAUAACUAUUCCCCUAGGUGAUACGAUAAACUUUUUCCGCUUUUUAUUUUUAGCAGUGAACAUAUUAAUAGAUACAAGAAAUUUGAAGAAAAAAAAAACUAUAAAAUGUUGAUUAUACACAUUUAGAAUGUAAAAAAUAUAUAAAGAACACACUCACACACACUUCACUUUAGAAUGGAAGAUGGUUGAUGAACAUCAAGACGGUACUCGCAUGAAAGAAAAAUGAACGAAAGAAGGGUUUUUCCUACCCAGAAUACCAUUUUCAGAUCAAAUAGACUGAGUCCAGUCACAAAGGAUUCUUUGUGGUGACGAAGAAGAACGAAUGAAACCAGAGAAAAAAAAAUCAAAUCGAAACCCAUUUUCAUCAUCUCUCAGUGAGAGACUCUCGCAUAUAGAUUUUGAUUUACAGUGGAUUUUGUAAAUAUUUAAACAUCGUUUUCAAGACUUUCAAAUAACAACAACAACAACAACAAAAGAGUGAACAAUGCUUGUAAAGAGUGAAAAUUAAACGAAAAGAACCUAAAAAAAAAAUCCAAUAAAAUGAAACAAAACACGAAAACAGGAAAGCAAAACAGUAUUUUUCUUAAAAAUAUUUCCGAGCGAAGGAAGAAAAAAACCAAAAUAUGUUGUUAGGCAGAACGUAUAAGAGACAGUUACAUAAAAACAGACACAUACACAUCCAGAAAGUUGAAAGUAUUUACAGUGAAAGGAGGGCGCGCAAAAAAAGCCACCUUUUUUCAAACAUCUCUAUUCAUUUCUAUGGAAGAAAGGACUCAUGAGGAGGAUAGAAUGAGUAUUUCUGUUUUGGAAUGUAUAGAAUCUAUAUACUAUAAAUAUGCGCCAGGAGUUGUCAUACACAUUUUAAAGCAGUCAACGCCACUUUGCAAACACAAUUCUUUCAAUUUCAAUAUUUAACCAACACAUUCAAAAUGUAAACAUAAAACCAACUCUACUACAAACACACAUGUUUGAUUUAGAACGAAAACGACUAUUUCAUUCAAAUUCGUUAGCAAAGAGAAUAAAAAUGAAGAUUAAAACAUUUUAAAAGACAUUUGUUGGGUCGUCAGAAUCGUGACAGACCAUAUCUCUCACUCACUCACUCUCUCUAUAUAUAUUAAUCUCAACACUUGCAAGCUACAACUAAGAACUACUUUUCAAAUUACAAAUCAAUAUUCAGUAGAUUUACAAAUGCGUAGUGAGUUUUUCCGUUUUACUUUUUCGCACGCAAACGUUGAACUAUAUUCGGAUUUUAAUUGAGUUUUUUUCGAUCACUUUUAGAUGCGAUUGCAGACAUUUUUUUUCGUUUUUCUGAAUUGAAUUUCUGCCACAAAAUGAGAAAAGGUGCAAAAAUCUAUCUAAAGUUUUAGUGCGUUUACUGUAUUUUACUCUUCAAAAAUCUAAUAUCAAUACGAGGUAUAGACAGUCAAUUGCCGCUUGUUUUUAUUCAUUCAAACAACUGUAGAUUUUAUCGAAUUUCGACUUUAGUUCGUAGAACAACACCCUCCCAAAUUAAAUCCUGUUCAUUUUUUCCCUUCAAACUCGCUCAAAAUCACUCUCUUUUCCUUAUUUUUUGUUCGUUUCUUCGUUUUCAAAUUGUUCAGUGCCAAUUGAAUGAAUACUCAUUGCAUUCGACAAACAAUUAAGAACACUCUUACAUAUUAUUAUGCCUUAAAACACUAUGAUUGAUUCGGAUUAACGUGUGCUAUCUUUUUGUAUUCUUUUUUAUAGAAUUUUGAUGCAGUGCUUAAAACUGUCUCAUUUCAUCAAAACGUUGUGAAUGGGAUUUCAAUGGCCAAUUCGCAUUUCUUUACUUAUAUUCAAAAUAUGGUUUACUUUUCUCUCCUUACCUGAACGCUGUAUGACAACAUAAUUUUACUCUAACUUUAGGCAAAAGAUGGAGAAAAAAAGCCUAGAUGUCCCAUUGAAUGAAACGAAAAGUUUUCUUCGACUAGUUGUUAAACAUAAUAAUUUGGAUGCCGGUGAGAAAAUUUUAUGAUGAAAAAAACGGUGAGCAAAACGGUAUGUCAGGUUUGAAACGAAGCGUUUUCACUUCAUUCCUUGGACCUUUCUGAAAAAAAGAAACGUCCAUUAGAACCGUUAGCACCGGCAAUUUGUUUUGGUGUGUGUUUUCUUCUGUUCAAUAACUCAAACAUCGAAAUAGAUCCAAACAAAACAAUUGCAACAUACUGGAUUUAUUAAAUCAUAAAAGCUGUGUUACAUAUAGGCAAUUUAAGCGACGGAAAAAGAAAUAAUGAAGAAAACUUUGCGUAGAGACAUUUUUGAAAUUUUCUAGAUCGUAGAGAAUAGUGCAAAACGUAGCUGAAUGUAGAGAAAUGCUCUACAAUAUCGACAAUAGAAUUUUUUUUCUAUUUUUUUUUUGUCUGGUUUUUCUUUUGAACAAGAAGAGAACAUGCAAAUCAUUGCAAUGCGAUAUAGCUCCGUUAAAAUAAGAAUUUGGUCAGCGAAAAAAAGAGACAAAUUAUAAUCUGUACGGUAAAUUAGAGUUCAAGAAAUUGGUUUCUAUCACCCACACAGACACUUAUACACACAAAUACGCUCGAUCGAGCAAUUUUCUAUCUGAAACUUAUCUAUAUGACUAUCAAUUUUGAACGAAACAGAGAAUUUAAUCAUCACGAUCCAAAAUACGUAAUCACAACAACAGACGACAUGUCUUUUUUCGUCGAAUCGGAAUAAAUUGACUCAAAGCCAUGAGCCAGUUUUGCAAAAUGCUCACGAUGGUACUUGAUGAUGUUGAUCAUGGCCACCUCGAUCGAGAUAAUAUCGUACGAGAUCAUGGUAUUUGAAUUGCAUCUGGAAUGCUAAAUGGCUCAACGAGAUCGAUGCGUUUUUGAAAUUUUGAUGAAAUUGCGCGUUUUCCUCGAGCAAAUAUGCAAGAUCAUCAACACUGUUGACUCAACUGAUACUGGUACACAAGAGUAUGCCGAGUAUCAACAAACCGCUCAAUUGACGACACGUCAAAGCACUAACAUGGGUGAAGAGGUGUGCACUAACGCGUUUGAAAAUAGUGAAUGCAACUCGAUCGAAGUGGUAAAAAUCGAAUGCCAAGGCUUGAUUGGGCAACGGAAAGAGAAACGAAUUUCGAUCUUAAAUUACUUACUUUUUGCAAAUUUAAAGAGCAGACCUACACACACACACAUUUACUUUCUCUCAAUAAUCAACUAUAUCAUAUAUGGUUAAGGUUAUUGUAAUUAACCUAAACCAAGACACACAAACAUCUAUUCAGUAACACGUUGACUUCAAGAUUUUACACGCUUUCAUAGCAUCUAUUUAAGUUGAAAUAUUGUAUAUUCAAAGGGAGGUGUGUAAAUGGCAAAUGAUCGCAAUCCAAUGAAUCAAGCGGUUGAGAAUGGCGACAAUAUGACCAGUUUAGCCAUCGAUAUCUAUCUCAUUCUCAAAGCGAGUGUAUAGUCCGUUCUUACUGAAUAAAAGUAGCUUACAGCUAUCAAUUGUUACUCAAGCAAGAGAUAUUGGUCUCUUUUCGUUUGCUCUCUCUCUCUCUCUGUGUCACUUGCUCUCCAUUUGUUUUGACAAAUUUGAGUUUAUCCACCUAUGCCUAUUCCAUCAUAAAAAUAUCUCUAGUUAUGUAUAAUACACUCAAUACUAAUAUCUAUCUCUAAAUACGGCCGAUACGAAACAAUUCAUUGUGAUCGCAUGAGUUGAGCCAACGAAUAUGGGCUUCUUAAGGCAUGUGGAUUGAAGACAUUGGCCAAUUGGCUCUUUGAUUUUUUUGGCAUUAAUGUGCACUCAUUUAGGCAAAAGUGCAUAUCAUAGCCGGUGACAGCAGGCGCUAGUGAUGAAAGCAUUUGCAAUCACAACCGAAAAUGCCAAUGAAACACAUGUGAAAGUAUGUCACUUUUGAAAAUGGGUGACGUUUUGACAGAAAAAAGAGUUUAAAAAAUCGAAAAUGGAUCGUAUUUAUACUCAAUAUAAGCGUAGACAAUGGCAUAUGGUUUCUGUCAUAUCCAAUAUAUAGCAAAUUUUUAGCCAAAUUGUUACGAAUUUCACCAAUAACGAACCACUAUACCCCGAUAAACACACACAGCUUUAUCCCAUUGAGAGUGAGCACGUUAAAUCGAUUCAAAUGUUUGAAUCUCUAGGUAACCGAUUUAAUCUAGCACAAAACACACACACACACACUCAAUACAUAUUCAAUUGCGUUGUUAUUUGCGACACAAUUCGCAAUUGGUUUCGAUCUUAUACUUUAUAUAUUCUCUCUAGAUAUUCAACGAAAAGCGAACGAGUCAAAACCAAAACCAAUACAAUUAUAUCAAUUCCCCUUUGUUUCUUUGCUAAACAAAAGUAACACAAAACAAAACAUGUAGACAACAGAUGAACAUUGUACACAACUAUCUAACUCUAUAUACACAUAACUCUAUUUUUCAGAAAGUAUGAAGACAAAGAAUGCACGUUUCCGAAUUCAGUUUCUAUAAAUCUUUCGGUUGAAUCGCGAUUUCAUUUUCAUUUGCUAAUUUCUAUCACUCCCUCUUUUCCACAAUAAUGGCACUGGAUAAAAAAGAAUGGACAGUUGAUCGUGCCAUGUUUGUAUAUAAAUUGUUCAACACUCAUUACCGAACUCUGAAAUGGCUGAAACGGAUCAUUUCAUUGUUCUGGCGAUAGAAUCCGUGACAAAUAGUAAACGAUUUUUUUCUCUUCAAUUUUCGUUUUCUUUUCGACAAAGAGAUCACGCAAAUGAAUAUAGUCAGUUCUUAUGUAUUUGAAGCAGAAGUUUAGAUUUAUUAGAUGAAAGGAAAAAAAAAACAACAAAAUUAAAUGAACAACAAGAAGAAAUGAACAUAAAAUCAAAUCAAACUUAGUAAAUAGUCACUAUUUUUUAACUCCUUCUUCACCUCACUAUCAUAUAGAUAAGAAGAUAAAAACAACUUAAAUGAAUACCUAGUAGUUUUUUUAAAAAAAUUAUACAACUUAAUUGAAACUUACUAAACAAACUGGAGAAGAAAAUAACACUGUUUUCGAUGGACAUAAAGACAGCCGACGGCGGUGGAGAAUGGGAGUACGCGAGUUGCAUCACAUUAAAAAAGCGUGGAAAAAGAAGCAAAUCAAACAAAAUUGAUACAGAAUUCAAAAUACGUGCGAGAGAAUAGCUAAGGAAUUUUUUUCUUUCGUUCUUUGGACAACAGGUCAACCAUAUUAUAGUAGGGAAUGUAAAUAUAAAGUGCACUUUUUAACAAAUUUAUACAUAAAAUUAUAACAAUUUAUUAUAGACAUUUAAAAGAAUAAAAAAAAAAACAACUUGAGAGUAAAUUAAAAACGGGAAAAAAGCAGAAAAAAAAACAAGAACAUUGAAAGAAUAAUACACAGCGUUAUUCGUUUGAAUAAUGAACACUUUGCACCAGAGCAUUUAUCUUUGACUGGUACUUUAUUUUAAAAUAUCACAUGUUUCGAUUUGGCGCAAAAAUUGCCUGACUUGAUGAAUGAGUCAGCGUUAGAUGAUACAGACACAUACAUUGGCAUCAUACAGAACCAUUUGUGUUACGAUGAUCGAUUGUUAUCUAAUCGACGAUUUGAAAAUGUUUUAAAAUCGCACCUCCAAAAUUGUGUCGCCCUAUAGGAUAAAUUGUGCAAUAUUGACCCGAUAUGUCGACCCGCUGGAUUUGAAAUCUAUAGAUCUAUUAGAUGAUGUAUCAUCUUCUUUCCCAGUCCAUUUCCAACGAUUCGAUCAUUUUUCAAUGGGCAAAUGGAAUGGUUUAAAAUUAGCUGGUACUGUUUCCAAGGCGCACAAUUGCCCGUGCUCAAUGAUUGCAUCGUCUUGUUGCUCAUACACGAUCUUCUGCACACAAAAUAUACAAGAAUAUACUUGUAUAUUGACAAGUAUAUACUUGUAUAUUGAGAAGAUUCUUGAAAAUAGUGCCUCAACGAAAUCUUCGAAUCGAAUUUCGGCUGCAAAAUCGAUUUUCGAUUGAACGACAUUCGAUGAAUGUUUCCUUACAUCGUUUUCCACACACACACAGUGUCAGUGACACACACUCAUUGAUUGUUUCCAAUCCGGAAUAAUCGACUGUUUAAUGGAAAAUCGAUUAAGGACAAGAGACUCUAUUCACUUCCGGGGUCGAAUGACAAACGCAAAAGCAAUAUAAAAACAAAAGAACAAGAAAAAAAAAGAAGACCGAAACAGACAAAUCGGACAAAAAGCCGCUAACUAAAGCCAAGAAUGAUGCCAUAUGCAUGGCUAACCAGUUAUAUUGUACAUUAUUAUUGUUGAUUAAUUUUAGUUUUAUAUUUGACAUGAAACAAACAAAAACAAAAACAUAAAACACAACAACAACCAAAUGCAAAAAUUAAUGAAAAGAAAAGGAGAAACGUACUUUGAGAGCAUCUCUAUAUGAAUGUGAAAAAUGAAAACACAAGAAAAAGCAUUAUUUACAACAAUUUCUCAUGAUUAAACACUUUAUCAACUAACACACUCUAUUCCGAAUAUAAUAUUCUAGCACUAGAUCAAAUCAGGCACCGCAUUCGAAUGAGUGAGCUGCAUUUCCUUUCUUCAAUUCUUUUUUAUUCGAACUCGCUUCUGUUUCGCGGUUCUUUAAUGUACCGUUUUGUUUUCCAUUUGAAUCGAAGAAUUUCAUGGAGAUUCAUCAUUUGUUCCCUCUUUUUUUCCCUAUUUGAUACUGAAUUGUUAUCAGAAAUGAUGAAUCUAAAGAGGGGAAUGUGCUUUCGAUGAUUUCAUUUCUGUUUGUGACUUUGGACUUCAUUUCAUUCAACGACUUAACUUAAUUUUCGAUUUGAUUGAUUUCUUAGCUUGAUGAAUUGGUCUUUGACACAAUAAAUUUGAAAUGUCAUUUCAAAUGGCCGAAGAAAUCACACUUCAUGGCAUAGCAAAUCGGAUUUGAAGUCGACGAAUCAAACAGAAGAAUAUUUUAAUGCGAAAUGUUCAAUGAGCGGCAAACAACAGAAAAUGUCCAUUUUUGCGAUACAAACGAGAUAAUGAGUGUGAGGAAACUCUGUUGCAUUCCCUUGCAAAUUCAAUUAACACACAAAUGUAGACGCCACUUCUUUUAAAAGACGUGGGCAAUUCAAUUAUUGUGUUUUUUUGGGUUCAAAUUGAAGUAAUCAUUCGCAAAUGAGUGCAUUUAUUUCAUUCAUUCACUAAUUUUGCAACAUGAACAUAAGUACUAAUAUAUAUAAAUAAAGUCUGAUUUAGGGCAGUUUGCUGCAACGAAGAAGCAUUCGCUUCAAAAUAUGAAUGAUAUGUGUAGGCAACGUGUUUUUUUUCGGGGAUUUUUUUUAGAUUUAAUUUUAAUAAAACAGAAGCAGAGAACAUUUUUUCCUUCAUUUUUAGCGAGAGAAAUAGAAAAAAAACACUCAUUCAACCGAAAAAAAUGUGAUUAAACCACGAAAAAAAACAUUGUGAAUGAAAAUAGUGAAAUUAAGGAAAUAUUUUUUUUCUCGUUGAAGCAAAUUCACGAAUUUCAUCUUUAGGAAUUAAUAAAAAACAAGAACAGAGAAAAGAAUGAUGAAUAAAACACAACGUGCAGCAAUUAGAAGCGCAUAAGGUGCUUUGGAGAUGAACAAAAAAGUAAUUUUGCACUUGCAGACAGUGAAACAUUUCUCCUCUCCCUAACAAUCACACAAUUUUUCAUCUCUUGUAAUCCUAACGCUAAGGAACAUUUGCUAUUGCAUCAAAACCAAUACAAUUUUAUCUUUAUCUAUUAUAAUCAAAGAAGAAAAACAACAACAACAAACAAAGAAAUAUUUCGCAAUUUUCGACUUUCGCUUUUCGAGAAAUGAGUGAGGUGACAGAUGAUCCCCUUGCGAGAUUGUUGAUUCUCCUGUAUGCAAUUUCAUUACUUCUGUUUUAUUUUCUUAUCAAGGCUUCUUUCAAUCUCCCAAGAUUUCGAUCAAAUGCAGAAUGAUCAUUCGCCUUUGAUUGAAUUUUUUUUCUCUGCAAGAGAGAAGAGGGACCUUCAUAGUCUCAAAUUGAAAGCUCUUUUUUCGGAAUGUAAAAGAAUCGAAAUGAAUGGAAAAUGUGCGAGAUAAUGGAUUUUUUCUUCCUUCUUUCGUAGCCUCCAUAUGGAAUGAAUUUAAUUGCAUUGUACGGAUGCAACUAGCAUUUGUAAUUUAGUGCUAAAGCUUUGACUUUGCACCACCAUUCGGUGUUUGGUCGCAUUUAAGAAUUUAAAACUCUUUAUUCAAAUAUCGACAAUUCAUUUUGAUUCACAAAAACACACAUCAGAUUUUCCCCUAUUGUUUUUGUUUUGGUCUUACGAAUGAGCACUUUCGUUUUGACUAUCAAUUUACACAUAAUGUGAAUGAAAACAUUUCCUCAUUCCUUUCAACAUUUAAUUCAAUUUGAGGGAAGGAACAAAACCAUAUGUGAUUGCAAUGAAAGUCGUCUCUGUGCGAGAGGCGAGUAUAAAAGAUUGAAAGUAGAUAAUUUAAAGGAAAAAAAAGAGAAAAAGCAUGGCCGUGAUUCAAAUUUGUAUUAGAUGUUUUAUUUCGAAAGGAAAACGGUCAUUUUGCGGACUAAAAAUUUUAGGAUUUUAUUUGGUCUCUCGUUUUUUAACAUAGAAUGAAGAAAAAAACACAUUUUUUCUAACUUAUCGCGAAGAAUUGCAAUAAUUAUUUGUGGAACGGAAAGAGACAGGCACUUCUUAGGAGAAAUCAAAUGGCGGACUGUAAAUGACGUAUGCAAUGAAAGGAAGCAACACAUUUUUGUCAAUUUAAAGCAUUUUUUUUUUGGCUAGAUUUGAUUUACUUAUGAAUUUGAACUAUGGAUUUAAUGUCCAUUGAAAUUGACUAAAACAUUUAGUUUUUUUUUCAUUCUCUCACUCACUCACUCUCUCUUUCUCUCUCUUUCUUUCUCGUGACUAUUUCAGUGCAUUUAGGAAUUUUAAGAUAUCUUUUUGGGCAUAUACAUAUUAUAUGAAUUGUUUAUUGUUUCGUAGCCAUUUUCAUUCAAUUUAUUUUUGAUUCUCCACAUCUCUUUCAACCGUUGCCACUCGGAUUAUAAAUAUAUAUAUCAAUAUAUAAAUAAAUCUCUUUAAAAAGCUUUACUUUAAAAAAACAUCUAAACAUGGUUUGCAGUGCACAUAGAAAGUGAUCAAAUAGAAACGAAAACUAUUCGCUAAUCCAACAUUGAAUUUUGUAUAUUCAUCGUCGAUAGUUUGGCGAUUUAUGGGUUCUAUUUGACUAAGAUUGAAUCGAAAUAACAACAACAAAAACCAAACUGGAUAGCAAACUUUCACACUUCCUUAAUGCUAAUCGAAACAUAAUAGUUAGUGCAACAUUUAUUUAGAAUGCACAUCAACACACACACAAAAUGAUGAUGAUGAUGAUGAAGAAGAAGAAGAAGAAGAAAGAAAAAAUCACGAAAACAUCUAUUUACUUAUAAAUACAAAACCGAAACUAUGCAUGCCAGUGAAUAAAAA